CUUUACAGGUCAACUCUCAUACCCAAUGAACCGCUGGGAAUAUUCUUUUCUGUAACGUUGGCAUGUUAGUUGUAUAUAGUUGGAAAGGUCGGAAAUAGUGUGUGAGCAUGGUUUUGCGAGUUAUGAUACUGAUAUUUAAGGUUUCUGUUGAAGGAGGUUAAGUGAUUUCGACACGUGUGUAAUAACGCUUAGAAUAGAAUAGACCAAAGUAGACUAUUACUUCUAAGGUUGUGCUCUCAUGUCUAGUCUGGUGAACAACGUUUGGAUGGUGGAUAAAAUAUCUGAAGCCGGGAUUUUCGUAUGAAAUGAAUCCAACCUUGUUUUUAACUGUAGCAGAUUGAUUUGAUGUGUUUGCUUACUCGGCUUACAUAUCUCAAUAAUGAACUUCAUAGAAGACGGUGAAAAUAAAUCACACAUAUUUUAGUUAUAAAGCUCGAAGAUUGUAUAUCAUGUUGCGGACCACUGUCGGUUUAUUAUAUUCUAAUUCAGUCCUAUCAAGAAUCUUGCCCCAACAGGCGAGGCAAAUAAGACGUGUUAACUUAACGUCGCUUCAAUGGAUGUCUUCAAAAGAUAUUAUGGACCCUUCAGCAUCAAACACACAAGAUUUCUUGUUACAGGAUAUAAAAUCCUCAAGAGACACUACACAAGUUCUGAAGAUUGUAGGCAUCCAUCACAAAAUCAUGAACAACAGACAUGUAAUGCAGUCACUUAAGUGUCUUUUUGAAUUGAAGAAGUCAGGAAAGUGUAGUAUGACAAAUGAACAGAUUGUUAACAGCCCUGACUUCAUUAAACUUUGUAAGCGUCUGAAAUCACAAGCUAGAGGCAUCACUCUUAAUGACACAAUUCAAGCGCUCAAAACUGUGUCAUUUGUUGGAGUUCCUGCAAGUAGUACCAUUAUUCAGGUUUUGCUGCAACUUAUUCGUCAAGGGGUCAAUGAUCUGUCACUACAUCAGAUCAUCUUUCUGGAAUUCAUGAUGAGAAAUUUUGAUAGAAACCCUCUGGUUGAUGCUUUACGAAUUGCUUUUCCUUUAGUGUUUGAAGCUCAACUAAGUUUAAAAAUGGCUCAAGAUGAUGUCACAAGUUUGGCUGAACUUCUGCAGUAUGCUUGUAAGAAACCCCUUUCUGAUUCCUCGAUAAACAUUAUAAUUGAGUGCCUUGAAAAACUCUCAGAAGAUAUAGAUGUGAAAAUUGCUAAAAGUGUAAUGUGGUCAUUAUGUGAACUGAGGAGACCAUUACCAUCCUACCAUGCACUUUUAAUUCACUGUUGGAAUGUCAUAACUGAAAAUAUAAAACAGUGUUCAUAUACAGAAAUUGAUGGUCUUUUGAGCUGGAUGGUGAAGAAAGUUCAACAAAAACAAACACAUUUUUAUCAUGAAGGUUUCGCAGAUAGCUGUGUUAGAUACGUGGUGGACAAAGACUGUGGCUUUGAAGAAGGGACCUGGAUUCUGAGAAAAUUAACAAGACUAGGUCAUAUAAAUAUAAGUCUUAUUGACUAUAUAGGAGAGAAAAUUGUAAACAACCCUCAGAUUGUAAAGGAUUGUAAGGCUGGCGCUUUGUUAAGUGUGGUAUCAGGAAUGGCUGCCGCAGAAUACAAACCAGUAGGCUGGAACAGCAUACAGGAAGCUCUCAUGACAAAUACAGCUUUGAUUAGCAAGGAGAGAAUGGAAUUUCCAUGGCUCAGACUGGCUCUGGAUUUUGCAGUAUUGGAUAUAUUCUGUCCAGAUUUGCUUCGGUAUGUCUUUGGUGAGGAAUUCUUACAACAGUUCCUUUCUAGAGAUUACAAUCUGUUGGAUAAUCUACAGUUAUUGUUACUGCAUCAAGCUGUAGUAACACUGUAUCCUUCAUACUCGGGCGUACUUCCACCACAGAACAUAAUUGACAUGGUGAAGAAAUACAAUGGGGAUCAUGUGCAGCAGUUUCCACUUCAGGCUGCUCUGGAGAAAGGACUGGGAGGCGGGUCAUAUGUUUGGACCAGACUUCUUACCAAGCUUGGCCAUUUCAUAGAUCAUCUUGUAGUGAUGCGGAAGGGAGGGUAUCCAGUGGCUUUGAACCAAAUUUCCAGCAACUCUGCUUCAAAAACAUAUGUGGAAGAUUUGCUGGUUCCUUCAGAUAGCCAAAUAAUUCUAGUACUAUGUAUGCCUGCAAGUUAUUACGCUGUCAACUGCCAAAGAUUGCGACCAGUGCCAUCUCUAACAGUGCACACUUUGGAAGCUCUGGGUUACUCUGUGGUUCCUGUAUCCUUGCAACAUUGGAUGAAUCUACCAGACUAUGAGAAAAUACCAUAUUUAAUGCAGAAUAUUAAAAUGAAAUGUGAAUCGGUAGAUAGUAAUGAAGCCAGCAUUGUACAUUAGCUAUUCAGUAAAUCAGUACUACUGAAAACUGAAGAAUUUAUAAAUUUAAAAUGAGACAUGAAAAAUGCAACUGUGAAGCUGUGGAUCAUAUUUGUCAUUUUUUGGGGUAUUCAUAACAAAUAAUUGCACAAAUACAUGUAUUAACUUCAAGUUUCUGUCAGUAACAUCUUAAGAACUGCUGAACAGAUUUCCACAGAAUCUGAUAUUGGCUUAUGUUAAAGUUAACAUUAGUACUACUGCAUCAAAAUAAUUAAAGCAACAUGACAUUUCAUAAAUUAAAUUUAAUUAACAUCUACAACACCCUGCAUAUUUCGCUGUUUACUUGCUGUAGGGACAGGUUCCAACAUGUAGGGUUUGAGGCUUUCACAGUGGUGGUUAUGACGAUUAUCUUCAGCAGACUACAAGGCAUUAUAUCCCAGGAGAUAGUACUACUGUUGAUACAGUUAAAUUAGUUAUUAAGAAAAUGUUCAAAUCAAAAAGUUGACUCCCUUAUUGUGGCAUAUUUGCUGAAAGCAAGAACUACGGAGCCAGAGAAAUGGCCACUGCUAGGUAAUGUCUUUGUAACACACAACAAUGGAGUCAACUGUUGGAAGCGGUGUUUUCAAGUGCAGUAAAUCUGAUUACCAAUCCAAACCUCAUCUGUAGUCAGUCACGUGAUAUUAUAUAGACCACAAAUGGGAAGCUACUACAUUAUAUAUGCAUACAAGGAAGAACUUCUAUAUGUAAAAAUGCAGAUCACAUAGUAAUAAUGAAGGGACAUGAAAAAUAAAGAAUUGGCAUUGUACAACUUCUUUAUAAUUCAUAAUAUUCAUAAUUUUAUUUA